AUGUUUCUAUUCACAGUUUCAGCUACAGGAUUACUACUAUACGUAAUGUCUACUUAUAUUAUACUAGCAUACAAUUGUUUAAAGAAAAAACGAAACGCUGCGGGUAAAUCGCCGAAAGUGAAAAAGAAGCGCGGAUUCUUUUUCCGUCGACGUGCUAAAUCUGGCAGUACCGCAUCGACAUACUCACAAACUCAACCAUCUGAACUACAGGCAAAAAGCACCCUGUGUGAUACAACUCUCAAGACUGCUACACCACUGCCGCCCACUCCAACUUCUAAAGAAACCGAAUCAAAGCAGCCUUCAAAGAGCAAAGAGACGCUGGAAGUUAAACCGAAAAUACAGGAGCAGGAGUUCUUGCCGUAUCCUUCGGUGAGAUCGCCUACAAAGACUGCCAAAAGGCGUCGAGAAGAAGAGCUACAGGAGGAUAAAAAACGGAAGAUUGCUGAAGGCUUCUAUCAGCCACGCUCGGAUGAGGAUGACACCUUGGAGAAGGUUACAAGCCUCAAGAUAGAACCCUCGGAGAAGACAAAGAGCGUAGUGAGCGGCAAAUUCUCGAGACAGCUUUCAUCAAGAAAAAGAGUUAAAUCUCCAAAGGGAUCAUCAACUAAGCUGCCUCCCACCCAACAAGAAUGA